UGGUUUUCCCCGCGCCGCCCGCAGUUUUCCCUGGCAAUCCACCAUCAUUCCACGUAUGAUCUUCAUAUCACACCCCCAUUCUGAUCCCUCUUCUCAUAUGCCGACGUGCAUGGGUCCCUGUCUCAGGGCUUCAGGUCUUGACCCAUGUGUGAUGCAAGACGAACAAGCCGGGCAUGACGGCCUCAUUGCCGAUCGGUUGAAGUCCGUCGGGUUGAUCUUCUAAGAUGUCACGCUCCAAGGGGGAGGAGGGGGGGCGAUGGCCCAAAGGCCCAUGAUAUAAGAUGGGAGAAGGAUACGAUGUACCUGUGGUGGUCUCUGUCUCAUUCCAUCGGAAGAAUCCCCAAAACCAGGUAGGUGGUCAGCUCAAGAAACUGUCUCUUUUUUCCCAGCAAAGAUGGAGAAAUCACCGCCCGCAGAGCACCACGAGGAUACAUUACCAGAGAAAGCCGUCAUCGAGUCCCCGUCGAGCGACGAGGGCGCCUAUGCCGUCGACCACGUCGAGUACGAGAAGCGCAACCGCCGCCUCAACCGCCGCCUCGACAUCCGCAUCCUCCCCCUCUGCUGCUGGGUCUACCUGCUCAACUUCCUCGACCGAGGCAACAUUGGCAACUCCAAGGUCCUCAACUCGGAGACGGGCGACGACUUGCUGCAGCAGACGCACAUGACGGCCAAUGGCUACGCCGUCACCGUCUCCCUCUUCUCCCUCGCGUACACGCUCUUCGAGGUGCCGAGCAACUAUGUCAUGAAGCACUGGGUCCGGCCGUCUCUGUGGCUGGCAUUCCUGCUGUUCGCGUGGGGUGCGUUGACCAUUGGGUUUGCCGGCGUGCAGAACUACACGACGGUCGUUGUGUUGAGGUUCUUGAUUGGCGCUUUCGAGGCUGGUUUCUUCCCAGGCAUCGUCUACUUCAUCACGAUCUGGUACCGCUUCAACGAGCGCGCCGUCCGCAUCGCCUGCGUCGUGGCCUUCUGCAACCUCGCAGGCGCCUUUGGAGGCGCAAUCGCCUACGGCGUGGGCCACGUCAACGGCACGGCCGGCCUCCAGGGGUUCAGGUGGCUGUUCAUCAUCGAGGGCAUUAUCACCCUGGUCUCGGCGUCCUUUCUGUUCUUCCUCCCCGACUAUCCCGCGCGGGCCAAGUUUCUGAACGAGUCGGACAAGCGGUUCGCAGAGGAUCGGCUGAAGGAACGAGGCGGCGGGUAUCUCAGGAGCCAUGCCUCGAGGAAGGAGGUCCUCGAGACGUUCUUCAGCCCCAGGAUGCUGGCGCAUUACAUUGCAUACAUCGCCGACGUCGUGCCGCAGGGCUCCUUCACAUUCUUCACCCCGACCAUCGUCAACGGGCUCGGCUACACGUCGAUCCACGCGCAGCUGCUCACCGUGCCGCCGUGGUGCGUCGGCUUCGUCGUGGCCAUCACCCUGUCCUACUCGGCGGACCACUUCAACGCGCGCGGCGUGCACAUCACCCUCGCCUCGCUGGUCGGCGCCGCGGGCUGGCUCGCCGCGGGCCUGCUCCCGCCGGACGCCUACACGGCGCGGUACGGGUGCCUCUGCCUCGCCGCGUGCGGGGCGUUCCCCGUCGCGCCCUCGAUGGCCAACUGGGUCGCCUGCAACACGCCCUCGCUGCUGACGAUCCCCUUCGCCAUCGCCCUCAACAACAGCUCCGCGGGCAUCGGGCAGAUCAUCGCCCAGUGGAUCUGGAAGGCCGACGAGGCGCACAAGGGCUACCCCACGGGCAAUUUCACCUGCGCGGCGUGCGGCUUCUUCGUCGCGGCCGUCACCGCCGGCCUGAGACUGUGGUACGGCCGGAUGAACAAGUACGGGGUGAGGGACGCCAGUGGGGCCGAGAGGGUCUGGGCUCUAUAAGGAUAGAGAUCCUCACGUGUAUGCAUGUGAGGGGGCCUUCACAGAUGUCUCGAGGAUAUGUGAAACCAUGCGAGUCACAGCGAAGGAACAAGGGCACGAAGGAAUGCGGUACAAUGUUGUAUUGUAGCGAGUUUAAAGUUUAUCCUCUCUUGACCACCGCAUUGUCGGAGUCUAUGCAGCUUGACACAUGUGUAGAUAGCCCACGCGAAAUUCUUGAUCUCUA